AUGUGUCGCUGGUUCGCAUACAUCUCUCCUACGGAGCCGUGUCUCCUAUCCGAUAUCCUCAUAACUCCCGCCAACAGCAUCAGCAAGCAGUGUUCUGAGCAUUACCUGCCUAAACUUCUCCCACAUAACGACGACAAAGAUCUUCAUGACGCCCCUGACGAGCUUAUGCGUAUGCGGAAUUCACUCUUGAACAUGGAUGGCCUGGGUAUUGCAUGGUACACCGAGGCCACUUCCUCGUACUUGAAGCAUGUAGAAGGCCCACGCCCAGCCCUCUACAAGUCACAAUCUCCGCCCAUCAAUGAUUUCAACUUCAAGUCUCUCUGCCAAAACACAGAGGCAAAAUGUGUGUUUGCCCACAUUCGUGCCACCAGUGGCAGCGUUGUGACCCAGGUCAACUCGCACCCGUUUGUCUUUGGUCGCCACGUCUUCAUGCAUAAUGGAGUCAUUUCCAACUUUUCCAGCAUCCGCCGAGACAUGACGGACGAGUUCUCCUUUGACGCCUAUUGCAAUGUGCUAGGCAGCACCGACUCGGAACACGCCGCUGCCAUGUACAUGACCUUUCUGACAGACGGCGGAGACAAGGAGAGCUGGGAGAAGUCGUACCCGCUCGAGAAGAUGCUUGAGGCUAUGAAGAAAACAGUAGUCCGUAUUCUCGAGCUGCAGCACGCCAAACUCGGGGAUGCAAACACACCCAACUCUCUCAACUUUUGCACCACAGACGGCAACAGAAUGCUUGCCAUCCGCUUCCGGAACCAUGCUACACAGCAGCCACCCAGUCUCUAUUGGUCUGAAUUUGCCGGCCGUACCCUGAACACAAAGUACCCGGGUAACCCGGAUAGCAAGGAGAUUGAGAAUCUCGAGGCAUCCUUCGAGGCAGAGCGAAUGGGCAAGCACACCAUUAUUGCCAGUGAGCCUACAACGUACGAUGAGAAUGAGUGGCAUUUGAUCAAUGCCAAUUGUGCCCUGAUGGUGGACGAGGAUGGUAUUGAGCGAGAAGUUAAGAUUGAGUAUGACCCUUUGUUGAAUGCGCGGGAUCCAAAGUAUGAUGGCCAUGCAUAA